AUGUCAGGUGAUAAACUUAAAGCCACAUUAACAAUUGGAAUUACAGAUAGCGAAUUAAUAAAUUUAGAAUCUAAUGGUAAUGAUAUCACAGAUGAAUAUAUAAAAAAUGAAUUUCAAGAGGACACAAGUAAAGGUGGAAUCAAUGAUUUAUUAAAAAACAUCAUAUCAAUGCAACAAAUUACCAAUGUCGAAUUAACAAAAUUUGUAAAUAAAGAAAAAUCUGAAAAAUUAGCCACAAUUGACCAAACAGUACAAACAAAAUCAAAAAAACAACAAAAUAAAGAAAAACAGCAACAAAAACAGCAACAACAACAACAACAAAAUAAAAAAAGAGUAGAAAAUGAUAAUGGUAAUGGAAAUGAUACAAACAAUGAAGAUGAAAAAGUUGUGAAACAACAAAAAUUGGAAUGA